GCUCGCAACCACUGCCUGCGGGGACAAUACGUGCGUUUGUCUCAUUUUAAAUGCGGGUUACGUGAAGAGCGCAGCCGGAAAUUGUAUCUGGCCACAGCAGUGGCUCUCAAUUCUCCUAACCGGCCGGCGCGCGCGCCACAGAGCGACCGGAGGCUCCUGGCGUCGCACUGACAUGACAACAAGUAAUUGUUUUUAUUGACAGAGAGAGAGAGAGAGAGAGAGAGAGUGUGCGAUAAUGUGAGGUAGUUGCGGUGUGUUUCUGUGCGUAAGAGAGCGCGGCUGGUCGGCAAGUGAGAUCGCGAGGCCGUCGCGGGCCACGCGAGAAACCGCGGCGUUCCGCGCGCUUCAUUCAGUCAGGGGCAGAUUUUUUCUGUCAAAUUUGGCGAGCUCGCGAGUAAUGCAGGUUAUGUGAGCUCGCCGAGCCCGCUUCACGUCGUCGCCGCCGACGCCUCUCGUCUGAGGGUGCGCGAUGGGCCAGGGUACGGAGACGUGCGCCGACCGGCCCACCGAGGUCAGCGUCAUCAGAUUCGUCACGCGAAAUCGCACCAUCGAGGAGAUCGCGCCCAAAAAGAACACACAGGAGGUGUAUACUUGUAAACAACGAGGUUGCGGCAAGGUGUUCACCAAUCAGGAUGAAUACAAGACGCACGAAGCGUUGGAGGCUUUGAAGAUUCGAUUCAUUUGUCGCGAGCCUGGCUGCGGAGAGGAAUUGUCAGAUCCGGGUAGUAUGUGGCGUCACUACCAGGAAUGGCACAAUAACGAAACGAGCGUGUACGCCUGUCCAUACACCAAUUGUUCGUCCGUGCACCCUACCAGUAGUAAGCUCGAAGAGCAUAUUGAGGGUUGUCACAGACAGCUGUCUACACUGCCAAUGGAACCUGAGAUCAUUUGUUUCGAAGCCCCUGAGAAUAUAGUGGACGAGGAAGGGGCGCAAAAGACUGACGAUGGAUGCUACGAUAAACUGCCGGGCGAAAUUUUCAUCGUGACGAAAGAUUACGGGAAUAACGAGGAGAGCUGCCACGUUAGAAACGACGGGAAACUCCCAACGAAGAGUGCCCCCGCCACCACCGAGUUCUGCCACGAGCAGAAUCAAACCACGGCUGUUACGAACAGCGAGGAAUACUCGAAUAGCGAAUCCUUAAAUGGUAUUAACAAGUUCUCGAAGAACGAGGAUAUACUUAUUAUUAAGGACAAUUUCUUACGGAAGUACGAGGCCGGCGCGGCCAAGUGCGAGGAUAUUAUCCAGGUGGAGUGUUCGCAAGACAAGAACGUGCUCUACAUAAGCGGCGACUUGACCAUCACGAAGAACACGAAGGCGGAUAUAUGCAAUUUGAAUCUGCGAAAGCAGGAGCAUAAAGUAGAUUUAGGAAACUUCGAGCGGGUUUUCAGGAGCGCUCUCGAGCGCGAGACUUCCAAGAUUGAAGAGGUCCCGCUGGAGAUCAACAGUAAUUGUUCCGAUGACGAGGAAUACACGCCGAAGAAACAACGCAUGUCCAGGUACAAACAGGAAACAUACAAAUGCGACGUGAACGGUUGCGGAAAGAAGUACAAAUACAUAUCGCAUUAUCGUCAUCAUCAAGACAGUCACAAAUUAGUCACGAAUACGAUUAGUUCGAACACUGCGAAGCAAAUGCCAAAGGUGAAGCAAAUCAAGUCCUCCACCGUCAGUUUCUUCAUAUGCAAGAUGCCUGGAUGUGGUGCGCAAGUGAAUAACGUAAAUGGCCUAUGGAAGCACUAUCAGGACACUCACGCCAAUUCCAAGCCGUCAACUGUGCAAACUCCCAAGAACAAUGAAGUGUUUCGAUGCAAGGUGGCGGGAUGCGAGGUAGAGUUCAGUACGAUGUUAAUGUUGUACAAACAUUUCAACGAGGUUCACUUCAAUAACAUCGGCAACACAAACGGGAAGGCUAGUAACGAUGGUGGUGGUAACUUUCACUUGACCGACGUGUUCCAGGAAGACGCUACUGCCCAGCGAGCGAAUUUUAAGACUGACUUCAAAGCCAAGCAUAACGUUAACUUGAACGCCGGGAGCGGCGACGAGCCGGCCGCUCGUAUCGCCAAUAGCUAAAAGACGAAAUUCUCAUCGGAAUUGAAUCGAAAUCAAGGGGGGGGGGGGGAUCUUCUCCACCACGACGCUAAUUAGACUAAAGAGGCACAAUAAUUCAGAGUAUUUUACAGAGAACAUUAUCUUAGCUCCAGAAUUUAAUCGAGAAUAAAUCGCUUUAAGCUUAUGUGUAAUGAACAAUUCGGUUCGUAAUCUCAAACGCUGUUUAACUACGACAACGUGUAGAUUCCUCCUAGUAGCCGUAAGCGACGUGGACUGUGUAGGAUACUCUGAUGUCGAUUAACGUGAACGUGAUCGUGAAUGUAUAUCUGAGAAGAUUCACUGGGCCGCUCGGUGUGUGCUGCGGUGGGGGACGAGACUAACGAGUUCGGAUAUGAAUCGGCCCAGGGCUCAGUCUAAAAGUAUAUAUCGUUCUACACGAAUAGGUUUCUCGCACGGACUCUUGAAUAUUAUAUCAGACCGCUAACGCGCGCGCCCCUGCGGAACGCUUGCGGACACGAGAAACGAAUAAUUGGUCGAGAUAAUAAUAAUAAUAAAAUAAUACGAAAUAAUGACGAAUAAUAGAUCGAGGAACAAUUGGUCGGCGGCCUGGUCACAAGUUUAGAUUCCGAUUCUCCUCGUCGACGACGUCGAUAGAUCGAGACUCGUGAAACCUUACUCGCGAGUAAUUUCUCCGCGUCUUGUCGAGACACGUCGAAAUACGCACGAUAUCUCGCGAUCGCUUCCUACAUUUCGCCGACUCGCGUCAGCGGUCUGUUACAGUACGCGUACGGAGUUCUGUGAUUUUUGUCGUCACCGUAAAAGCGAGGCUAACCCGCUGCAGCGAUUCGCACCUGUAAUACAAGACUUUUCCUGACUUUCUGUACUGAUUUUUACUGUUUUAUAUUGUGUCGGAUUUUUAUGUAACUUAUAUUCCAUACCUAUACCGAUGUCGUUGUUACGAUAGAUAUCCUAGCGACGUAAGUAUUGUAUAGCAUUUU